GGAGAGCCCGAGCAGUCAGCCUGGCUUUGGGGAAGCCGCUGGUUUACUAGAGCUGGUAGAGCCAUACUAUAGCUGGUAGAGCCAUACAAGAGCUGGUAGAGCCAUACUAUAGCUGGUAGAGCCAUAAUAUAGCUGGUAGUAUAAACUAGAGCUGGUAGAGCCAUACUAGAGCUGGUAGAGCCAUACUAGAGCUGGUAGUAUACUAGAGCUGGCGAAACGGAAAAGCAGCAGGAGGAAGCACUACGAGGCGCGGACACGACACACAUCUCUCCCACAGCUUCUAACGCGUUAACUAGCAGCUCUCGGGUCGGGAAGUAUUCGGUGAUCGCGAUGGCACCUGGCGUUUGGAAAUGGUUCUCCUCAGAAGGAGCCGUGCUGCAGCAGUAGAAGUGGACUCAGACCACCUCGCCGCACCCCUCUCCUCUCCGGACCCCGUUCCAGGUGAUCACGUCAGCAUCCUCCCAGACCAACUCGUCAUCGCUCACCCCGGUCCCUUCAUCAGCUCCUGAAGGGACACCAACGCUAGCUCACUGAUGACCUGAUGGGUUACAGCGACGUCGACAGAGAGGCCUUUCUGCUGCCAGUUGUACGCUCACAUCAGAGUAGACACCCUGCCCUCUCAGCCUCAUCCCAGAGGCAGGUUUGAGCUGUUACUCACUCUUUACCUGCACCUUGUGGUACAUCGGUGUGCGACUGACGGACCUGUCCCGAAUGGCGUCUGUUGACUCCAGGCUUGCCUGAAGGACCGCGAGCUCCCUGGGAUCCAGCCCAACUCUGACCGUCAGUACGCCCGUCUGCCUCUUCCAGAGGUUAUUCCUCCUCCAGCUGAACCACCAUCCCGCACCACGGCCCCGCGUCUCCACGGCCCCGCGUCUCCACGGCCACCUCCCUCCAACCGCAACCAGAACCACCUCGACUGCCGCCCCCUCUAGUGUGAAGCUCCUCCCCCGCUCCGCUCGCCAUGUACGGCAGCGCCCGCUCCGUCUCCAAGCAGGAGACGGUCGGCGCCAACGGGGGCGGCGGCUCUGGCGCGUCGGGCAGCCCCGGCCGCUCCCCCCGCCUACCCCGCUCGCCGCGCCUGGGCCACCGCCGCAACGGCAGCGGCGGCGGCGCCGGCGGCCUCACGGGCUCCUGCAAGACGCUGUCCAUGGAGAACAUCCAGUCCCUGAACGCCGCCUACGCCACCUCCGGGCCCAUGUACUUCACCGACCACGGCGACGAGCCCGCCCUGGGCCUGGGGGCCAGCAUGGGCUCCGGGCUGAACCCCGCCCCGCCCAAGGGCACCAUGACCCUGGGGAGGGCCGCGGCCCGGCUGCCCUUCGGGGCCCGGGGGGCCCUGAUGGGGAGCAGCCCCAACAUCAACGCCGGGGGCCUGGGGGGCGGGGGCCUGCCAAGUGACGCCAUCGCGUUCGGCGGGGAGAUCCACGGGCACGCCUCCCAGGGCGCCACGGUACCGCACUCCAUGAGACAGGUGCGUGAAGGUGCGAUGUCUGACCUCCAGACACAGUUGAGGGAGGUGCUCAGAGAGAAUGAACUCCUACGAAGAGAGCUGGAGGCCAAAGAGUCCAAGCUGAGCUCCUCCAUGAACUCCAUCAAGACGUUCUGGAGCCCCGAGCUGAAGAAGGAGAGAGCCCUGCGGAAGGACGAGGCCACCAAGAUGUCUGUGUGGAGAGAGCAGUACGGGGUUGUGCAGGACGAGAGCCAGCACCUGCAGGUCACCAUCCAGGCCCUGCAGGACGAGCUCCACAUCCAGCGGGACCUCAACCAGCUGCUGAACACGGACUACGGGGAGGGCGGCGGCCUGGGCGAGAUGACCGAGGAGAACUUUCUGCGGCUGCACAGCGACUACGAGCGGCAAGCCAAGGAACUCUUCCUCCUGAGGAAGACCCUGGAGGAGAUGGAGCUGCGCAUCGACACGCAGAAGCACACACUCAACGCCAGGGACGAGUCCAUCAAGAAGCUGCUGGAGAUGCUGCAGAGCAAAGGGCUGUCGUCAAGGGCAACCGAGGAGGACCACGAACUCACGAGGCGAUUGGCCGACGCAGAGAUGACCAUCCACCAUCUAGAGGGCCUAUUGGAGCAGAAGGACAAGGAGACGCUGCAGCUCAGAGAGGUACCCCCCUCCCGCCACUCCUCCCUGCGCCUCUCCCCCUCCUUCCCCUCCCCCUCCCCCCCCUCCCCCGCCCUGUGGGGGUCCUCCCUGCCCCGCCGCCCCCCCUUCCUGUUCCCCUCCAUCGGGAUCCUGUCCUGA